GAUUAUUACUUUCACUCAAAGCGAAAAUAGAGGGACGGGGCGUCUUUUCUUCACCGAAUCUGCAUCAACCUUUUUACAAUUAACAAAAAAAAAAACCUGGAAAAAUGAAGCAUGUCCUUAUUUCUCUCUUUUUGCUGUGCGUCCGUGGACAUGGUGUUGAUACAGAUACAAUGCCAGUGUUAGUGAUGGAGGGAGAUUCGAUCACUCUGUACACGGAUAUUGAAACAAUUCAACAGGAAGAAAUUAUAUGGUAUUUUAAUGACUGUUGCCUUGCUGACACCACUGGAGAUCAGAACAGUACAGAUGUUCAGUGUGUUAAUGAUACAGAGAUAUUCAGAAACAGACUUAAGGUGAAUAAUAUGACUGGAUCUCUGACCAUCACAGACACCAGAACCACAGACUCUGGACUUUAUAAACUACAGAUCGGCAACAGCAGCAGCAGUCGUCUUCAGGUCUUCAGAGUUUAUAUCUAUAAUGCUCGUGAAGAAGAUAAAAUGAAGACAAAGUCAGUGAAGGAGGGACACUCGUUUAUUUUAUAUCCUGGUGUAGUGAAAGCCACAAGUUAUUUGGUGAAAUGGAUUUUUGAUGGCAUUCCUAUUGCUGAAAUCAGUGGAGAUCUUAGUUUUAACUGUACAGAUGUUCAGUGUAAUAAUGGCACUGAGAGAUUCAGAAACAGGCUGAAACUCGAUCAGACUCUAUCUCUGACCAUCAUGAACACCAGAACCACAGACUCUGGAGAUUAUAAACUACAGAUCAUCAGCAAAAGAUUCAGCAUCAUGAAGAGCUUCAUUGUUAAUGUCACUGGUUAUGCUGAAGCAGAGAGAGUGUCAGUCGUGGAGGGAGAUUCAGUCACUCUAUACUCUGAUGUGGAAACAAUCCAACAAGAAAAGCUUAAAUGGUAUUUUAAUGAGAUUCAAAUCACUGGAAUCACUAGAGACUCCAAUGAAACUUGUACAAGUGUUCAGUGUAAAGAGAGACUAAAAGUGAAUCAUCAGACUGGAUCUCUGACCAUCACAAACAUCAGCACCACAGACUCUGGACUUUAUAAACUACAGAUCAGCAGUGACAGUCUUCAACUCUUCAGUGUUUCUGUCUUUUAUGCUCCUGAACAAGAUAAACUGAAGACAAAGUCAGUGAAGGAGGGAGAAUCUGUCAUUUUAGAUCCUGGUGUAGUGAAAACAACAAAUUAUUUGAUGAAAUGGAUUUUUAAUGACGUUCGCAUCGCUGAAAUCAAUGGAGAUCUUAGUUUCAUUUGUACAGAUGUUCAGUGUUUAUAUGCUGAUGAGAGAUUCAGAAACAGACUGAAGUUGAAUCAUAGGACUGGAUCUCUGACCAUCUUGAACGCCAGAAACACAGACUCUGGACUCUAUUAUCUACUCAUAACCACCAUCAGAUACACCGUCUUAAAGAACUUUUGGGUUAAUGUUACUGGUAAUGUUGAAACAGAGAGCUUGUCAGUAAUGGAGGGAGAUUCAGUCACUCUACACACUGGUGUUGAAACAAACCAACAAGACGAGAUUAGAUGGUAUUUUGAUGACAUCCGCGUCGCUCAGACCACUGGAGAUCUCGGUUUUAUGUGUACAGAUGUUCAGUGUAAAUAUAGUGAUGAGCGAUUUAGAGACAGACUGAAGCUGGAUCAUAAGACUGGAUCUCUGACCAUCAUGAACACCAGAACCACAGACUCUGGACUUUAUCAUAAUCAAGUCAUCUACGGCAGCAGCAUCAGUCACGAGAUGUUCAGUGUUACUGUCUUUGGCGUUUCUGCUGCUGAACGAGAUGAAAUGAAGAUAAAGUCAGUGAAGGAGGGAGAAUCUGUCACUUUAGACACCCGCAUGAUACAAAACCCAAAUGAUUUAUUGACAUGGUAUUUUAAUGAUACUCAAAUCACUGGAGAUCAGAGUCAGAUCUGUACAGAUGAUGAGUGUAAAGAGAGAUUCAGAGACAGACUGGAGCUGGAUCAUCAGACUGGAUCUCUGACCAUCAUGAACACCAGAACCACAGACUCUGGACUCUAUAAAUUACAGAUCAGCAACAGCAGAACUAGCGUCAUACAGAGCUUCAGUGUCACUGUAUCUACUAAGGAACUGGCUGUUUCAAAAUCGGUUCUGCCUCCAGCCGCUGUAGCAGGAAUAUGUGUUGCUGUAGCUGUUGUUCUGCUGCUCGUUGUUGCUGGGGUGAUGUACUAUCGCAAACAUCAAGAGGGAGAAAGUGACAUCAUGCUGCACUUCACUAAUCAGAUGAACGGCACUGACAACCCUAUUGAUGAUUGCGACCAAUGAAUCUUCUUUUUAAUCCGACCGAAACUAAGGAUGCUAACGACACAUCACAGUAACGUUAUUUUUUAAAUAUACUUUCAUUGAAAGAAAAUGUGAAGAAAAGGCACCAAAACCGGCACCAAAACCAGCGGGAUUUCCAACAGUACCAUUUUCGGCUAAUUCGAUUUAAACUCAUUUGCUGAUUAGGUAGCAUAGCUUCAGAAAAGACAAACCAUAAAUGAUCAACCAACUGAGUAAAAAGACAAAGCCUGACCAGAAAUGUUCGAGUAAAAGCUAAACAUCAUGAGUUUUGAAGACCAGGCAGAAUGAACUUCACGUCUGUUUCCCGAAAAUCAUUGCAUGCCAACGACGGCAAUGGUUUUUAAGAGAAUAUGCUGAAUUACACUUUUAAAUAUAAGUAUUGGGUUUAAGGUUACUCAAUUAUUGAAUUGUACAAAUGUGAAAAAAGGUUAAAUGUCAUAUCCUACUGAGAUGCAAUUUUGUAGAUGGUUUAUUCUUGUUAUAAUAUACUUAAGUGGACCGAGCAGAACAUCAAACAGGCCUGUGAUCCCAGUUUAGUGUUUAAUAUCGCUUCAAACCCCCCAACAAAAAAAAAAAAAAGUGCAAAUGGAAUGAAAUCUGAAAUUAAUCUAAGGGUUUAAAUAGUCUUGGCUCGUUUGAACAUUCAUGAGUCUAAGUCUAAGUUUUAUAUUUUAGGAAUCAUAAAGUGUUAAAAGAUAUAUCACACAGGUCCGAAAGUUUAAAGGUAACCUAAAAAUGUCAAGUUUUUAAUUACUCACCCUAAUGUCGUUUAUUGACUUAUUGACUUAUUGACUUAUUAUUUUAGCUUUUUUUUUAUGCGCAAGAAGCAUUGCCACAAGUAUCGGUCCAUAGAGUGUCUCCAUUGUGUCCUGAAUCUAAAAUCUGAAUCUCAGGAACUGAACCUGCUUGCUGGUAUUGAGCAUAGGAAGAGGUGUUUCAAGACUAUUUAAAGGAAUAGUUCUCAUGCCAAAAAAAAUAGACAAAAACGCGUUCAUUCGAUCAGCAAUCCAAGACGUAGAUGAGCUUGCUUCUUUAUCUGAACGGAUAGAUACUCUGCAGGUAACUGAACUGCAUGCAGCGGCCUGGACAUGAGCAGGCAACAAAUACAGGAGACUAUUGUACAAUAUAUAAUCAAGAUAAACUAAAAACGAUCACAGACACUGCGCAGGAACACCAACGUCCGGCGACAGAACUGAUUACAUGAUAAAGAAACAGGCUCAUCUACAUCUAGGAUGGCUUGCGGGUGAAUACGUUUUCAGCACGUUCGAAUUUUUGGGUGAACUUUUUCUUUUAACGUGUUAAAGUAGCGAUAUGCAUUUAUUAAUGUAAUGUGAGUGCAUGUAUAAUCUUGAGAUAUAUUUUAUUGUGUAGCAUUUUUGUAAAUGUUCUUAGAAAAGUCAUUACGCUGUCAGAGAUGAUGCGCUCUCAUAUACGCAGCAAAAUCCCCGGUGUUAAAUUAACGCUGUUGGGUGUCUAUAUGUGUUAAACGUGACACUAAUGAUACAUCUCCAUUGUUGAAGACGCUGGUGUUAACGAGCAGAAUCACCAAAGAAGAAAAU